AAUGUUCCUUCCCUCCGCCGGCACACAAGCAAUGCUUGUCGCCAAAAUGGCGACUCAACGGCUACUUUUACAAGUCGCUUGUAUCAGGAACAUAGCCCACACGUUACGUUCUCUGCCAACCCGCCAUUGCUCUUUCCGACUUCACUCUUUCUCCUCUAUUCCAGGCCCUGUCCAAGUCCUAGAAACCUCUAUCGAACCAAACCACGCACCAGGUGGCGACCCAGAUUCAUCAACACCCAUAUCUGAUGCAUUCUCAAUAGAGAAGAUUUUGUUAACCCUAAAAAGAGGUGAUCUCAAUUCUUCGCGUAGUUUUCAAUUUCGGUUAAACCCGUCGAUCGUAGUCGAAGUUCUUUAUCGAUGCUGUGGAAAUUUGCAACUGGGUCAAAAAUUUGUUGAUUUGAUUGCUUCAAAACAUCCAAAUUUUCGACAUUCGUCACGCUCAUUGUGUGCGAUGAUUCACAUUUUGGUCAGGAAUCGGAGGUCAUCCGAUGCGCAGGCCUUGAUUCUUCGGAUGGUUCGAAAAAGCGGAGUUUCGAGGGUUGAAAUUGUGGACUCAUUGGUUUCAACGUAUGGCAAUUGUGGUUCAAAUCCAUUGGUUUUUGAUUUGUUGGUUAGGACUUAUGUGCAGGCUAAGAAGCUGAGGGAGGGGUGUGAAGCUCUCCGGGUCUUGAAAAGUAGAGGCUUUUGUGUUUCCAUAAAUGCCUGUAAUGCUCUUCUUGGUGGCCUCGUCAAGGUUGGUUGGGUUGAUUUGGCAUGGGAUGUCUACAGGGAAGUAAUUGCAGUUGGGGUUCAAGCGAAUGUUUAUACACUCAAUAUUAUGGUUAAUGCGUUGUGCAAAGAUAGCAAAAUUGAGGAAGCAAAGUUAUUUUUGUCCGAAAUGGAAGAAAAAGGGGUUUUUGCAGAUAUCGUGAGUUAUAAUACACUAAUUAAUGCAUACUGUCGUGGUGGGCUUCUCGAAGAUGCCUUUGAAUUAAUGAAUUUAAUGCGGAGUAAGGGUUUGAAACCUUGCCUAUUCACUUAUAAUGCUAUUGUAAAUGGUUUAUGCAAGAAUGGAAGAUUUGCGAGAGCAAUAGAAAUUUUGGAUGAAAUGUUGCAGAUUGGGUUGAGUCCAGACACUACCACUUUUAACACGCUGCUUGUUGAGUGUUGUAGGAAGGACAAUAUUUCUGAUGCCCAGAAAAUGUUUGAUGAAAUGUUGCAUCGAGGCAUUCUCCCUGAUUUAGUUAGUUAUAGCUCCCUUAUUGGGUUGUUUUCGAGGAAUGGAUAUCUUGAUUGGGCAAUGGUAUACUUUAGAGAAAUGAAGGGUGCUGGCUUGGUACCAGAUAAUGUGCUUUAUACUAUUCUUAUAGAUGGAUUCUGCAGAAAUGGCAUUAUGUCAGAGGCUGUUAAGAUGCGGGAUGAAAUGCUACAGCAGGGUUGUGCUAUGGAUGUAAUUACAUACAAUACUAUUUUGAAGGGCUUGUGCAGAGAAAAGAUGCUUCUUGAUGCAGAUGAACUUUAUAAUGAGAUGGUAGAAAGGGGCGUAUAUCCUGAUUUUUACACUUUCACCACACUCAUUCAUGGAUAUUGUAAGGAUGGGAAUAUGAAUAAAGCAGUAGCUUUGUUUGAGACAAUGAUUCAGAGGAAUCUUAGGCUGGAUGUUGUGACAUACAACACAUUGAUUGAUGGAUUUUGCAAGGAAGGUGAAAUGGACAGGGCUAAUGAGCUAUGGCGUGAUAUGAUCUCAAGAAAUAUUUUUCCUAAUCACAUUUCGUAUGGAAUCCUAAUCAAUGGUUUUUGUAGUAAGGGCCUUGUCUCUGAGGCAUUCAAGUUGUGGGAUGAGAUGAUUGAAAAAGGUAUUGGACCCACUCUUGUGACUUGCAACACAAUUAUUAAAGGCUUUUGCCGGUCAGGGGAGGCAGCAAAGGCGGAUGACUUCUUGAGCAAGAUGAUGUCCAAAGGAAUUGUUCCUGAUAGCAUUACAUAUAACACUCUCAUUCAUGGAUUUAUAAAAGUAGAAAAUAUGGACAAAGCUUUCAUUUUAGUCAGUAAAAUGGAAAAUCAAAAGCUAUUUCCUGAUGUUGUAACACACAAUGUGAUUCUAGAUGGGUUUUGUAGACAAGGUAGAAUGCAAGAAGCUGAGCUGAUACUCCGGAAAAUGAUUGCCAGAAAUCUCAGUCCUGAUAAAUCAACAUACACAUCAUUGAUAAAUGGAUACGUCACCCAGGACAACUUGAAGGAGGCAUUUCGGAUCCAUGAUGAAAUGCUGCAGAGGGGAUUUGUGCCAGAUGAUAGAUUCUAAUCAACAUGUAUGUAACUAUACAUCUAUGUCAUUGAGAAUGGAGGUGUCAACUAGUACAAAUUAAGUGAGGCAUUUCAGUUCCCCAAUAAAAUGCUGCAAGGUAUUGCUAUUUGCAGACAUCACGACAUAGUGAAUUUAUUGGGAUGUUGGCUGUAUAGGUGCUGAAGCCUAGAGGGACUUUACAGGUGGUAGGGUGAAUUGUGCUUGAUGGACGUGCUGCAGUUUUAACUUCUCUGAUUCAUGUUUAGUUCAGGAAUGAAUUAAAUUAACUUGGCACUUUUAUGCACCAUUGAGAUUCAGUUAUAUUAGUCAAAGAACGUUGUUAAAAUAUCUGUUUCUAUUUGUGAAAUUUUCUUUUAUUCCUACACCUAUUUGCAUCAAAUUGGUAUUGGAGCAAGUUCAAUGGCCACAAGGGAUGGAAAGAGAAAAUAGGGGUCGUAGGGACGGAUAUGUGACUGUUGAGAUGUUUGGAGAGAUGCAGGAACAAGUACACAACCUACUCAGUUUGUCACACAAGCUAUCUGUUAUUGAAACUUCCAAAAUGAUGGUGAUAAUGAAUUUGAUCAUGUUAGAGGAGCAAGAAAUGGUAUCAAUCGACAAAUUGAGGCUGAAAUUGACAGUUCUAAUGAUGAAAGGAGUUUUGAAAAUGAAAGGCCUGCGUGACAAAUAGGAAGGCAACCAAGAUGGGAAGACUCUAUUGCACAUGCUCUACAAAAUUCCGAAGGGUUUGAUGUGCAAAUACAUGUUUCAGAAUUCGAUGACGAUAUGGAAGCUGAAAAAUUCUUGGACAGGGUUGAUCGCAUUGAGAGUUAUUUUGAAUGGAAAGAUGUACCGGAAGACAGGAAAAUGCAACUUGUGGGAGCAAGGCUCAGGAACCUGCUCUUGCUUGGUGGAAAUAUUAUCAAAAUGAUCUUGAGAGCAGGGGGAAAAGGAAAAUCAAAAGAUGAGACAAGAUUAAGCAGAGGCAGAAGGCUCAAUUCCUACCUUCGGAUUAUGAGCAUUUCUUGUACCAAAGGGUUCAAAACUCGAGCAGCGUGAGAAGUCAAUCAAAGAGUAAACUCGAGUUUUAUAGGUUUUCGUUUAGGUGCAAUCUUUCUGAAUUAUAAGUUCAAAGGAUUAGUUUUUAUGUGAAUGACUGAAUGGUCUCAAAAUGACCAUAAGGUUUCAGUGGCUUUAUAAGGCCAGUGAUGCUUAUCAGCUUGCACUAAAAGUUGAGUGACCACUUGCGUGCGACAUGCCUAAGACACUUGGAACUGAUUGCAGGGGUGGUGCAUCAACUAGUAAGGUGGGUGGUGGCACUACAGGUGGUUGGACAGAAGGCCCUGCAUUGCUAGCCAACAAGCAAUAGUAGUGGUAAAGCAGCCCAAGCACAUCUUAAUAACCAGGGAAAACAAUGGUGAAAUGCUACAUAUGCUUUGAGCUUGGGUACAAGUUCACAAGUGUCCAAAGAGGGAAGAAGGCAGAGUUACUCAUCUGGAGGAUCAAGAAACUGAUUCUGAAGUGAAUUUUGCAAUUCUUAAGGACCAAGAGGAGCAACUAGAAGCUGAAAAUGAUGUGGCAGAAGAAGGGAUUGAAGGUGAUGUCCUUGGUGAGGCUUUAGUCAUUCAUAGGUCACUACCUUCUUCUCCAGACAGCAGUGACAAUCAGCCACGUAAGAACAUUUUCCUAACUAGAUGUACAGAUGGUGGGAAAGCUUUGCAACUUGAUAAUUGGUAGUGGGAGCAGUGAGAAUCUCGUUUACUAUCCAUUUUUAGCCAUUCCUGAUUCUAUUUAAUUUAGAAAAUAAAAGUAGAAAAUUUAGAUUUUUUUUAGAUAUUAGAAUAGAAUAUCAUAGAAUAUUAAUUAAGGAAUUUAUUGUAUCAUUAAUAUAAUGUAAAUAUUUGUAAUUCAUGGAAGAAUGAAUUGGGGGGUUUUAUGGAUGAGUGCUCUUGGAUUUGUUGCUCUGGCUAUGAACUUAAGUGCCUAUAACUUUGUUUCCUAGGAAAAUUUAUGCUGCGGAAGACCUUGAAUUUGAGACUUUCUACACAAAAAAUUCCCUUAACGAGGGUUUUCUGCUUUGUAAGAGAUGGUAGACAAUUUGGAAUAGAAACUGAAAGACAUCCACCGCCAUAUUGGAUGCUAUGGUUCAACAAAGGGAAUGAGGCCGGUCUUCUAUUUCUUCUAGCAAGCACAUGACAAAGAUAGGCGCUCCGUGACCUUGAAUAUUUGUACACGUUUUUCCCUUGAUGGCAUCACGCAAGCACACCAAUGAAGGAAAAUUUAGUGCAUAUCCCAAUGGAGUGGAUCUGUAAACUUCCAAGACAUUCUUGUCAUUUGCAAAUGAACAUGCUUAUGCUAAGUGACUGCCCGUAUAAACAGGGAUAAAUUAUCCACAAGGUAUCGAUCAUAUAUUUCUUUUGAUGGACUUUGUUCAACAUAGUAGACUUGCAGAAAGAAAAAGGUGCCUGCAGCAAUAGAAGAUCGUUUUAAGAUGACUGAUUGAGUUGAUAAUUUGCAUUAGCUCGAGAAAAAUUGUACUUCCUUUGAGGCUGCCUCAAAGCUCUGCCUUCGAGUUUGCAUUCAGCUGAUGAUGCUUGUGGUAAACAGCUUGCAUUGGCUCUUCAUUUUUUAAUGCACUUCAACAUGCUUACAGAUACCUUGCUUUCUAGAGCUACCAAUGCUUUCAGUAUAAUUGAGAAACCGAGUCCAUAUCAGGUGCUUCAAAUCCCAGCCCAAGGUAGAUGAAAAAUUGUUGAAAGUAGAAUAACCUCACACUUGCCCUUUACCAAAUGAAAGGAGGAGUGGGAAUGGCUGGCUUUAGUCAAGAACUCAGUAGGAAUGCCCUACCAAAUAAUUUGUUUUGCAUUUGCAGAAUAGCAUCGAUUAAGAAUGGAAUGUAAUGAAAAUUUGAAUGAGAAGUAUGAAAAUGGUUUGAUUUGCUUUCGCUUAAUUGUAUUUCGUUCACCUGAUUAUAUGUUCAAUUUGUUUGAUUUUCGUC